AUGGACGACGACAUCACCUUUGGCGUCUCUGUGUGGAGCUCCAGUGCUCCCAUUAGCAUUCUUCAAGAUAAUCCCUUCGGUGACCGGGCGUCUUCAACAACAGAUCCUUUCCACUCCCAACCGGCAGACGAUGAUUUCGAUGAUUUUGACGACUUUGGUCCGCCUGCUCAGGACGUAGCACCCUCGGUUGAAGACGAUGACUUUGGAGAUUUUGGAGACUUCGAUACCACGGAAAGCAUACCACUGGAUCCUGUACCAAGCAGAUCACAACUGGUGCAGGAUAUCGAUGACAUUCUGGGACCUCUAUGGCCUACAGGUAUAACAGAGGUUACUACGGAUGAUCCUAUCCGAGAAAUGGAGGGUAUCAGUCAGAUUCUUGUGACAUCAGAAAGUCGUAAUCUUUUUAAUAUGCUGGUGCAGUCACCACCACCAACGAAACCACCAAAUUGGAUCCGUUCACGAAUACGACACGAGGUUCUUCCGCCCCAUACAGGCGGUAAGGCCCUUCCUCCUUUGCACAUAACCACUCGCCCAAUGUCAGCACCGCCAGGCCCCCGAGGCCCUCCCCAGCAGGUUCUCCACGUCCUAAUCACUCUUCUUCGUUAUCACACUUUGGCCCCAAAACCGGAGCUUGAUGAUUCUAAAAUUCAUCAACUUCUUGCGCUUGACUCUGACACCUUGACACUUCAACCUCUUCCGACACUUGAGCGGUAUCUAACGGAGCUUCGGCAGCAAACGGCGAAUACUUCAGCUCGCUUGACCCACUUGCUGCAGAACCGAGACGCAUUACAGCAGGAUGCCGAAACAUACAAUGGGUUGAUCGCCGAACUGGUGGGAGAGGCGCAAAAAAUAAAGACUGGCAAGGGCGGGCCCCGAACAGACGGGGAAGUGGGAUGAUAUGACUGUCUGCCUGUGGCGAAGCGAAGCACAUUCAUUCUUCCAGUUGUCUGUGCAACGCGAACCUCUGCGCAUAUUUACUGCGUGUGGCAAACGUCUUGGACGUUUCGUGUUGCGUUAUGCUUUCGGUUCACUCUUAGCAUUCUUAACGCUUCGCAGGUGACAGAAAACGACAGUGAUGAAAGGGUGUACCAUCCAAAGACUUGCCGUUUGGAGGAUGUAAACUGCAUCUGUAACACGGCACGUCGUGAUAACUCGGACCUCGGCAUCGGGAUAUAAUGCAUAGAUCAUGGUAUAAUGAAAAAGGAGAAGAGGUUAAUCACUGUUAUGGGACCCUAGCUCGUA